CAAUAUCAGGAAGACCUUAUUCAACACGUACUGCAGUAAAAUGAUGGAUGGAAACUGGGAAGAGAUAAAUAACCAUGUUCCACUUUCGAAUCAUUAUGCUGUCCCACUGUUGCGUCCCUCCCCUAUAUAUGGACAAACCAUGGAUAAUCACUACAUGAACAACAUGUCAAUUAAUGGACCAAUGUAUCAUGGUGACGUACCACACGAUAUGAUCGAAUCUAAUUAUAUAUUUAAUAUUGCUAAUGGUCAUCAACCAAAUGUGGGAAGUGCUAUAAUGUCUUCAUAUUCGACCUUAACUAAUGACCCCGAUAACAAUCCGACAGUGAAUAUCACACAAGCAAAUUACGAACACGAAUUAAAUUAUUGUAACUAUUAUAACAGCGCAAGCAGUACAAAUAAUAAUAUUAACAAUCACGAGGAUAAUAUGUUAACGGAGUUAAUAACAAAUAGUCACGAACAAAUAAAUUUGAAUCCAAAUCUUAUUGAAAUGGCGCCACAGCACCAUGGUUACGAAGAAUUAGCAAGGCCUUCUACAUCCAGAGACCAUAUUGAAACCAGCAACGAUUCUUUAGCAUCUGAAAGAAUUAGAUCUAGUGAGGAGUGGAUAGAAAACUGUCCAGAUCAAUUAUCUCAUAAUGGACAAGAUUUUAAUUGGAUGAAACAAGGAUUUUAUCCGGCUUCUUAUGCUUCUAAUCCACCUCACGAUAUUCCAUCGACAUCCAAUCAACUUACACCACAGAAAAAACAUCAUAUGUAUGGAAGAAAAUGUUAUCCUUACGAUGAGAACGGAAUCGAUUUGAACGGAUACAACGAAGAAUUGAGGAAUUAUAAUCCAAUUAAUUAUAAUAAUUAUCCUGGUUUACCGAACGCUUCAGAACUUUUUUCCGGAUCUUCAGCUUUAGGACGUACCAUUGAAGCUACUAGCAAUAUGCAAUUGAGGUGCAGAACUAGACAUCAGAAAGACAAGAAGAGUUUCAGAGAAAAUGGAAAAUUGUCAAAGGACGAAAAGAAAGCCAAAGAGAACGAGAUUCCACUUACUAUGAAUGAUAUAGUAAAUUUACCAAUUGAUGAAUUCAACGAUCGAUUAUCGAAACACGAAUUAAAUGACACUCAAUUAUCAUUAGCAAGAGAUAUUAGAAGACGAGGAAAAAAUAAAGUUGCAGCACAAAAUUGUAGGAAAAGGAAAUUAGAUCAAAUAGUAAGUUUGCAGAAAGAGUUUAGUCAGCUUUCAAACGAAAAAGAAUCAUUAAUAAAAGACAAUAGGGCAUUAAUGGAUAAACUUAGACAUGCGAGAGAAAGUUAUAAUAGAAUUCAACAAUAUUUAAAGCAAAUUCCUAAACUAAAUUGCAAUUAUAUACAAGAGAUUUGUUAGACUCAUGUAACUUAAUAACAGAACGAUUUUUAACAACUGUAUUGUUUUAAUACAGGGUGUCCCGAAAGAUAGUUUACAACUUUAAUUUAAAAACUAAGAUAUAAAAGUUUGACAAACAUUCACAAAUUAUUGAAGUGGACUCAGUACAAAAUAAAAAAAUAAAUAAAUAAAUAAACAUGUAUUGUGUUCUGAAACCUUUUCAUUUAUAAUAGACAGGAAAGAUUACUCAAUGAUGUAUUAAUUUAAAAAUCUUUUUGAACCGGAACAUAAUUUAAACUAUAUCAAAUUCUUAUGUUAAUUCAAAGUCAUAUAAUAUAAAAAUUUGAAGUUGUAAACUAUGUUUUGGGACAGCUUGUAUAUUAUUUAUUAAAAAAAAAAGGCUCUAAUCAUUUUUCCCAUCUCAAUAUUCUCAACUGAGUUUUCAUUGCACUUUUUUUAAUUAAAAAGUAGGAUAAAGGGACGGUUAACGGAACACCAGUCAAUCCAUAAAAUCCGAUUCUCGAUAAUAUUUGUUUAAUAUACGAUUUAAUCUAAAUUAAUUAGAAUGCAAACUUACUCCUUUUAAGUAUGUAUAAAAGUUAUUGUUUAAAUUCAUAAUACUUUUGAGUGUUAAUACAUGUUUCAUAUCGAAAACAAUACU